AUGGAUCCCGACGGUCUGCUGGGACUGCCGGUGGUCAACAACUACCUGGCGGAGGCCCCGAGCCCUGAGCCCCGGCAGAGUGGCAUGCGCUUCGUCAGCGACAAGCGGAAGGUGGACUAUGUCCUGGCCUACCAUGCCCGGCGGCCCUCGCCGGCCACGGUGCCCAACGGAGAGACUGGCAAGGAGCCGACGGGCGCUGGGCAUCUGGGCGCCCUGGAGGAGCAGAGGGAGGAGCAGAGGGAGGAGUUCGAGCGGAACCUGAUGGACGCGGGGCUGGAGCUGGAGAAGGAUGCGGAGAUUAAAAGCCACGGAGGCAUGUGCUUCGUGAGGAUCCAUGCUCCCUGGCUGGUCCUGGCCCGGGAAGCUGAGUUUCUCAAGAUAAAAGUUCCCACCAAGAAAACGUAUGAGAUCAAAGAGGAGGGUGCCAUCAUGAAGACAAUGAACAAGGCGUUGCGAGCAAUCUUGGCCCCGCUGCAGCCCACCGUGCCGGAGCACAGCCCGAGCAAGAUGAAGAAUCUGUCCUAUCCGUUCUCCCGGGAAAAGAUGUACCUGUACAACAUCCAGGACAAGGACAGCUUCUUCGACAACGCCACUCGCAGCCGGAUUGUGCACGAGAUUCUGAAGCGAACGUCUUGUACCAAAGCCAACAACAUGAUGGGGAUUAACUCUCUGAUCGCAAACGGUGUCUACGAGGCCGCUUACCCUCUGCACGACGGUGAAUACGACGGUCCUGAUGAUGACAUGAACGACCGAAAGCUGCUGCACCGAGAAUGGGCCCAGUAUGCGGCAUUCUACAAGUACCAGCCCAUCGACCUUAUCCGGAAGUAUUUUGGAGAGAAGAUCGGCCUGUACUUCGCGUGGCUGGGUUUGUACACUGAGUUCCUCAUCCCCUCUUCUGUCAUCGGCGUCGUCGUGUUCCUGUACGGCUGCGCCACCCUGGAGGAGGACGUCCCCAGCCAGGAGCUGUGUGACGAGCGGAGCGGCUUCACCAUGUGCCCGCUGUGCGACCAGGCCUGCGACUACUGGAACCUGAGCUCCGCCUGCGGCACUGCCCGAGCCAGCCACCUCUUCGACAACCCCGCCACCGUCGUCUUCUCCAUUUUCAUGGCUCUGUGGGCUACCAUGUUUUUGGAACACUGGAAGCGCCUGCAGAUGAGACUGGGAUACUUCUGGGAUCUGACUGGCAUCGAGGAGGAAGAGGAGCAUUCCCGACCAGAAUAUGAGACCAAGGUGCGGGAGAAGGUGCUGCGGGAACGGGGGGAUGCAGGUCUGCAGGACGUGCAGGUCAUCACGGUGGACCCCGAAGAGGAGGAUGAUGAAGACAAGCUGGCAUGGAAAGACCGUUGCCCCGGCUACCUGAUGAACUGUGCUUCUAUCCUGUUUAUGAUUGCCUUGACCUUCUCAAUUGUCUUUGGGGUGAUCGUGUACCGGAUCACAACGGCCGCAGCCCUGUACCUCAACAAGGCUUCUCCAUCCAGCGUGCGGAUGACAGUGAAGGCAACAGCGGUCAUCAUCAACCUUGUGGUCAUCCUGAUCCUGGAUGAACUCUACGGCGCGGUAGCCAAAUGGCUUACCAAGAUUGAGAUCCCGAAAACGGAGCAAGCCUUCGAAGAGCGCCUUAUCCUGAAGGCUUUCCUGCUCAAGUUUGUCAACGCCUUUUCUCCGAUUUUCUACGUGGCCUUCUUCAAAGGGAGGUUCGUGGGCCGGCCCGGCCAUUACGUAUAUGUGUUCCACGGGUAUCGCAUGGAGGAGUGUGCCCCGGGUGGCUGCCUCAUGGAGCUGUGCAUCCAACUGAGCAUUAUCAUGCUAGGGAAACAGCUGAUCCAGAACAACAUCUUCGAGAUCGGGGUCCCGAAGCUGAAGAAGCUGUUCCGGAGCCUCAAGAGCGAGGUGGAGUUGCCGGCGGCAGAUACGGACUCAGUCCAGUCCAGGCACCCUAUGCAGUGGGAGCGAGACUACGGGCUGGAACCAUACACUGGGCUGACCCCUGAGUACAUGGAGAUGGUUAUCCAGUUUGGCUUUGUUACCUUGUUUGUGGCCUCAUUCCCUCUGGCCCCUGCGUUUGCCCUCCUCAACAACGUCAUCGAAGUCCGGCUGGAUGCAAAGAAGUUUGUGACAGAGCUGAGGCGCCCGGAUGCCGUGAGAACCAAAGACAUAGGCAUUUGGUUUGACAUUCUGACUGGAAUCGGGAAGUUUUCCGUGAUCAUCAAUGCCUUCGUCAUUGCUAUCACCUCGGACUUCAUCCCACGCUUGGUCUACCAGUACGGCUACAGCCCGGACGGUUCCCUGCAUGGCUUCGUCAAUCACACCCUCUCCUACUUCAAUGUCAGCCAGCUCAAGGAGGGCACCCAGCCUGCUGACUCACAAUUCCACCAGGACGGGCUGCUCUGCAGGUUCAAAGAUUAUCGGGAGCCGCCUUGGGCUGCCCACCAGUACGAGUUCUCCAAGCAGUACUGGGCCGUCCUCUCCGCCCGCCUGGCCUUUGUCAUCGUCUUCCAGAACCUCGUGAUGUUCUUGAGUGCGCUGGUGGACUGGCUGAUUCCGGACAUCCCCCAGGACAUCAGCGACCAGAUUAAGAAGGAGAAGAGUCUCCUGGUGGACUUCUUUCUGAAGGAGGAGCACGAGAAGCUGAAGGUGGUCGACCAGCUGGCCCAGAGGAGCCGGGAGUCCAGCUUCAGGGCGUCCAGCCCCAGAGCAUCCAGCUUCAGGGCGUCCAGUCCCAGGGCAUCCAGCUUCAGGGAGUCCACCCUCAGGGCAUCCAGCUUCAGGGCAUCCAGCCCCAGCCCACCCAUUCCCAGCCGCUGGAGCAGCCGGGCCUCCUCUGUUUCCAAGAACACCAACGUAUGACCCUUAGGAGGUCUGUAUCCUGCCCACCACGGGAAGUCUGCAGCUAGAAGAGAGAGAGCCAGAGACCCCCACCCCACUUCCUUCUCUGUCCUUCCCACCAGGGUGCCUGGGAAUGAGUUUAUGCCUGACCUGGGCGCUGGAGGGUAGAUGUAGGGAGGUUGAGAGUGGGCAGGGGAGACAGGGGCAGGGGGAGACGAAGAUGUGAGGGAAAACUGGAGGACACCAGACACCUGAGGGGAGAGGCAGAGACUGGGGAAAAGCAGG